UUAAAAUUAAAAUAAACAAAAACAAUGUUAAAAAGAUAAACAAAUUCAACUGAAGAACAAGAACCUUCGAAGAAACUUCCCAACAUGUUGAAAAGCUAUUGAUCUGAGCAAUUGAUCCUUUCUUGUUUUCUCCGCUAAUUUUUUUUUCCUUUCAUUUCCUGAUUGCUUGUGAGAAGGAAUCCUACAGAAAUCAUUUCCAAACAGGUGUGUUUUUUCGGGUGAAAAAGUUCUCGAUUUGCAUCAUCAUUUUCUCGCUUGUUUGUAUUGGCAUGAAACGGGUCAAAAUGGAGCGGAAUGAAUAUUGCCGACUCCAAUUAGUUUGAACUUAGGCGUAGUUGAGUUGUCUUGUGUUGUUUGUUGUUAUUCCAUUGUUGCUCUCUUCGCGGUUGGCAGGGAACAGAUUUAUAUUUUUGCUGGUCUUUGAAUAUGUUUUAGUGGGGUUUUAAUUCUGUUAAUCCGCGUGUCUUUGAAAUGUGCUUAUUCUUAUUAGUUAGCAUGUGAUGAGAUCGAAUUAUUAUGAGCAUGAAUUCCUUGAAGGGAAAAUGUGAAUGCGCUUAGCCUACUUUUUUGGGGGAAAUGCUGAUAAUGUUGUUUCCAUGAAUUCUCUACAUUUCUGUCUAUCUUGAUUUGGGUCAUUAUUGUUGGUUUAGUUCUUUGUGCCCGAAAUUUGUUUAUGGGGAAUAUAUAAAAGUGGGAAAUAUCUGGGAAUUUAAGUAGAUAUCCAUAUUGAAAUAGUCUUUAGGUUAUUGAGGGUUACUUUAUUAUUUUUUGGAUUUAAAAGUUGGCUAAGGAGUGAUGGAACUUAGUCGCGAAGAUCAAAAUGUAGAGGGAGAGGGAGAAGAAGAGGAAAUGGAUAGAGAACCGACCUCACGAGCACGUAUUAGGGACAUCUCUUACCAUAACUCACGUUUUUCUGGUGCUGUGAGGCAAAAAGCUUAUAUUUUUGACGGAGAAGGGAAUUAUUUUAAUAAGGAAUGGGAUUUAACAGAGGGUAGAGGCAAGGAAUUCUGUUGGUACCACGCUGAGCUACCAAAGUGGAACCAGAGACUCUCACAAUCUGCACAGUAUCUUAUUGAUGUACUCUGUCCCCCUCUGAAGCUCCAAGACAUUUUGUCACUUGUUAGCAAUGGACCUUUUUGUGGGCAUGUUGACGGGGCUCUUGUGUUUCGAGUUAAUUCACCUGGCCCUGCAUCCAGUAAAUUUACAUUUAGAAUUGCGGCAAGAGUUACCGAGAAUUCUGUGAUCACGGUGUCACUAGGCCGUGUUCCAAGAUUGGGUUUCUCCCCAGUGAAUGAGUCUCUUCUCUCAGAGGUUCCAAUUGUGGAAAGUCCAAGUUCUGGUGGUGUUGAGUUGAAGGAAAGGGGUGGGACUGUUAUCAGGGAGCAUGUUCUUGAUUUUCUGUUGAUGAUGAAUCAUUCCGAAGAAGCUGAUAAUCCUGUACCUAAAUCUCUUUCAAAUCUGGUUGUUCACAUCAUAGACACUCAUGUGGAUCACCUUCAAGAUGUUGUGACGAAGCUGGAGAUUGAGUUGGAUUCAAUGGAGCUGGAAUUGGACAAAGGUGGUUUUGCUUUGAAGAAACAAUUGCUGGACGAUAGAAGAUUUCCAAAGAUGCAUCUUGACCUGCAGCGCCUCCUCCAGGUGAUUGCACAUGGUGAGCAAGUAUUUCCGCGAGUGAAGGAGAAAUGUUCUUCAAAAGGUUGGUUUGCCAGCGAUGACAUCAAUUCACUUGAAGAGUUAAUUGGUCGACUGAGAAGACUAAAGGAGAAUGUUGGGUUUAUUGCCAAUCGUGUAACAGCAAUUCAGGCAGGUCUUGACAGUUGGCAGUCUGAGCAGAUAAAUAAAAAACUUUACUACCUUUCCUUCCUCUCCAUCGUCUUUCUUCCCUUGUCAGUAGUAACCGGAGUGUUUGGGAUGAAUGUUGGAGGAGUUCCUUGGACCAAUCAAAGAGAACCUGAGUUGAAGGAGGGGUUCCGCAAUGUUAUGUUGCUCUGUGUGGUUCUGCUGCUGUUGGUUCUCCUUUGCUUCCUUUUUCCCGCGCUUUAUAGUCACGUAGUAGCUUGGAAGAGAAGGCGAGACAUGAAAAGAAGUUGGUCUCUCAACCGGAGAUCCUUCCUUAGAAGAAGUACAGGAGUUAGGGAAAGAAAUGAAAAGGGAGGUUACUUGAGGCUAUACUGAGAUGAAAUUGGAAAUAUAUGCACACUUCAAGCUGGUCAUAUCGCCGCAUGCUCAACAUUGACAUUUUAGUUGAUGUGUCUUAUUGCUCCCUGAAAACACAAAUUCUCACACGAUUCUUACUUAGAAAGAUGAUGGACGUAAUAGUGAGUUGAAGGUGAGCCAAUGUUUUACGAAUUCCUUUUUUUUUUUUUACGAACUCUUGUGCUUGUAUAGAGAAUUCUCUUUUCCAAUUGUUCCAGAAGUUCAGCUUAGUUGUUAUUACAAUGUGACAAUUCUUUUUUUCUUUUUUGCA